GCAGCGAGGGCAGGAGCGGAUUUAAAAGAGGCCUGGGCUGGCGAGUGGAGGAAGGCUGUGGAGAGAGCUCAGGGUAGAGCGCAGAGCGCAGCACAGUACAGCACCCACCGACGGGCGCAGCGGUACGAACGAGCGAGCGAAGCCAGGUUAGAGAGGCCGCAUCUCCGACCAGCAGACUUUCCCCAAGUCCCUGCUCCCGGGCCGCGCUGCGCCGCGCCCCUCCCGCCAGCAUGAGGCUCUUGACUGCCGCGCUGCUCCUGCUGCUCCUGGCGUUGUGCGCUGCGCUUGUGGAUGGGUCCAAGUGCAAGUGCUCCCGGAAGGGGCCCAAGAUCCGUUACAGCGACGUGAAGAAGCUGGAAAUGAAGCCAAAGUACCCGCACUGCGAGGAGAAGAUGGUUAUCAUCACCACCAAGAGCGUGUCCAGGUACCGGGGUCAGGAGCACUGCCUGCACCCCAAGCUGCAGAGCACCAAACGGUUCAUCAAGUGGUACAACGCCUGGAACGAGAAGCGCAGGGUCUAUGAAGAAUAGGGUGAAAAAAUCCCCAUGGGACAGCUUCACAUCAGUUGAGAGAUGAGCAAAGGACUUUGCUGAUUUGAAAAAAACAAAAACAAAAACAAAAGCAAAAGCUUUCUUUCUCACAGGCAUACGAUACAAAUUACAUAUUAUUAUGAAGCACUUUUUACCAAGGGUCAGUUUUUACAUUUUAUAGCUGUGUGCAAAAGGCUUCCAGAUGUGAGAUCCAUCUCUCUUGAGCUCUAGACUUCACCACAGGCUCCUUUACUUUUUUUAUCAAAAAGGGGGAAACUCAUAUCUUUCCUUUAUAAAAAAAAAUGCUUUUUUGUAUUUGUCCAGACAUCUGAGCUUUAUAAGCAUCUGGGAGGAACAGGGAUCUUGGUUGAGACAUUUCAUAGCAGUGCUGCUGUUUCCAGCAUGGGGGUGGGGGUUGGGGAGUGCUUCUGCUCUGAGGCUCUGGCGCCCCAGUAUAGCUGCCAUAGGCUCUCCUGGGAUACCGCACCUCCAUAAAGAUGCUGCAGUGGCCCAGUCAUAGGACAAGUAGGAGCAGAUCUCUGUAUCAUUUGAGUUUGGCUGUCAGAGAAACGUGCUUCAUUCCUCCUCACCACUGCUGAUUCAUUUCCAUACACUCCCGAAAACAUUCCCAAGAUACCAAGAUGGUGAAGCAAAUGGUCCUUAAGGAAAGGGUUGAGUCUUCUAACCAGUGAGUUUGUAGAAGGUUCACCAAUUCAAUAUUUUAUGUUUAAGAAGCAUAUGAAGUUUCCAACAUUUUUAGAAAUAAAAAACCUUAGGAGGAAAAAAAAACCUUAAAAAUAUACAAUACACAAUAUAAAGCUAUAGGUACAUUCUGUUGACAAGAAGGAGUCUUCAAAACAUGUUUCCUUCCUCUAUCACCAAGGAACAUACAGUACUAAAUGAUCUGUGAUUCCCCACAUAAUCUUCAGUCGCAAUCAGCACAGUCCUCUUCUGAAAGCCAAGGUGACUAUUUGCCCUUUCCUUUGUAAAUAUGCUCUUAAGAAGGCCCCUCCUCAACCCCACCCCUAUAGUGUAUGCUGCAUUGUGCUGCUGUGUCAUAUGCUAUGGAGAUGUUGGGAACUGUUAGUGUUGCAUGCAGGUUUCAUAUUCUUUCUAAGAUGAAAAGUAAUAAAAUAUAUUUGAAGUGUACCAAAA